CAAAACAUGAACAAGCUUCCAAAACUUAUCGUAUUCGACUUGGAUUUCACCUUAUGGCCAUUCUAUGUGGAUACACAUGUUACACCACCCUUCUCCAUAACAAGAGCUGGUGUUGCAGUUGACAAAUAUGGAUAUAAAAUAGAACUUUAUAAAGAAGUAAUAGGCAUUUUAGAGUGGCUAGAAAACAAAUCUGUCAAAUUAGCUUUGGCUUCAAGGACCCAUGCUCCUGCAGCUGGCAAAGAACUCAUCCAAAUUUUAGAUAUUGAAAAAUUUUUCCAUUACAAGGAAAUCUAUCCAGGUUGUAAAGUAAAUCAUUUUCAAAAAUUUAUGCAUGACAGUGGAAUAGCUUUUACUGAUAUGCUUUUCUUUGAUGAUGAAGAAAGAAACAUCAGGGACAUCAAAAAAUUAGGAGUAACCUCUCUGCAUGUUCCACAUGGCAUCACUAUGGCAUUAGUACAAGAAGGACUUGAAUUACAUGCACAAAACUAAUAUAUAUUAACAUAAUUAUAUUAAAGUUCAUUUAUUCAGACAUAAUUUUAUCCCACACCAGUGAAACACAGCCAAUCAGAAUGCAGGAAAGUGGUUGUAUAUUCAGUUGUAUUUUACCAUUUCUUCACAUCAGGAAUUGCAGUGUUAUGAAUUUCAUGAUUUUAUGGCUAGGUAUAUUUUCAAUUGUUUGGGAUGAAAUAGUUAUAUAAUGCUUUCUCAUGGCACACCAUAGAAUAUCCAGCUUGUAACUUGUAUUUUCCUACUAAACACACACUUGCAUGAAAGCUCAUGCUUACGCUAGAAAAUACAAGUGACUCCUGGGAUAUUUCAUGGUGUGCCACUCAAAACAGUCAUAUAAAUAUCAUUUAUUUUGAUCUGAUCACAAAGAAAUAAUUUCCUUGAAAAACAUUUUAGUUUCAUUUCUUGUCACCUCACUACUCCCCUGGAGUAUUUUAUCAAAUCAUUAGAUUGCCAAUCAAUAAAUUGAUAUUAAUCGAUAAAAUUAAUGAACUAAUAUC